GACUCACCGCGCGGCUCUUGCUUCUCCAGCUGCGACAGGACAGCUCAGCUCUGCGGCCCCGGAGCAGCUCCAGGCUCCAGGCUCCAGGCUCCAAGCUCCUCCCCGCUCCCCUUAAAUGCUCGCUCCGCAGCUCAGGCGGCUGCAGACGACGACUGGCAGGACUGCGGAGCUGUAGGGAAGACUUGUGUCUUCAUCCUCCUCCUCCUCCUCCUCCUCUUCCUCAUCCAGGACAACAUUACAGCUUUCUUUUUCUACCAUCAUCAUCAACAUCAUCCAAGAAGCUGCUAUGAAGACUAUUCUUGCUGCGUAUUCUGGAGUCCUGAAGGGCACCGGCUCCAGUAUCCUCUCUGCCGUGCAGGACCUGCCACUUGCCGUCUGGCCCUGCAGAUCCAAGAUGGAAAAGCACCUGCAGGUCCUCUCCGUGCUGCAGUGGGUCAUCUGCUUCUUAGCCAUGGGUGUUGCCUGCACUUUCCUGCUGAUCUACAUGUUCUGCACUGACUGCUGGCUCAUCGCGGCCAUUUACACAGCCUGGCUCAUCUUUGACUGGAACACGCCAAAACAAGGUGGAAGGAGGUCCUCCUGGGUGAGGAGCUGGACAGUGUGGUCAUAUUUCCGAGACUACUUCCCAAUAAGGCUAAUUAAAACCCACAACUUGCUGCCCAGCCGGAACUACAUAUUUGGCUACCACCCUCAUGGCGUCCUGUGUUUCGGUGCCUUCUGCAAUUUUGGGACAGAGGCCACCGGCUUCUCCAAGAAGUUCCCGGGCAUCAAGCCUUCCCUGGCAACACUGGCAGGAAACUUCCGCCUGCCCGUGCUUCGAGACUACCUGAUGUCUGGAGGUAUCUGUCCAGUGAACAGGAACUCUAUUGACUACCUGCUGUCGCAUAACGGGACAGGAAAUGCCGUGGUCAUCGUUAUCGGAGGAGCGGCAGAGUCUCUGCACUGUGCGCCCGGCAUGAACGCUGUCACUCUGAAGAACCGUAAAGGCUUUGUGAAGCUGGCCCUGUCUAAAGGGUCUGACCUGGUUCCUGUGUAUUCCUUUGGAGAAAAUGAUGCCUACAAGCAGGUGAUCUUUAAGGAGGGAACCCGCUGGCGAGCUUUGCAAAAGAGAUUACAAAAGCUCAUAGGCUUUGCUCCGUGUGUUUUCCAUGGAUGUGGCCUCUUCUUUGGAAAUUCCUGGGGCAUCGUGCCUUUUUGUAACCCCAUCACCACCAUAGUUGGUGAGCCGAUCACAGUGCCAAAAAUUGAGGAUCCAACUGAUGACAUGGUGGAUAUUUACCAUGCAAUGUACAUCAAGUCUCUCCAGUGCCUUUUUGACAAGUAUAAGACCCGCUUUGGUCUGAAAGAGAGUGAUGUCCUGUACAUCCAGUGAAAGGAUAGAGAGUUGGGAGCCGUGCUGAGGCUCCGAACUGUGAACCCCUCUGCUCCCUUCCCAUCCUCCCCAUAUGAUCUUGUUGGACAGGUUGGAUCAUCAGUGGACUGUAGACUCUACACAAGAGCAUGUCUGCGAAAGAAAACUUUGCCUUUUGUGUUUUCUCUCUCUGUCUUUCCCAAAAAUGCACGUCAACAUACAGACAAAUGCAAAGUCUCCUCUGUGGAAAUGGCAGGAUUGAACCAAAGUCGUCUCUCCCUGCUGAUGUCACUUGGACAAAGUUACCCAAAGUGCACCUUUGUCGUUUCUGUUGUCAUUUUCUCUGGGAAGGCAUCAUGUGUGGACCGUCCUAUCGGUGCAGAGGGAGGGGACGUCCACCAGAUGGAGCUAGAAGCUGCAUGCAGGACUUAAAAGAAGCGCAAAGAUCUUUAUUAUCUCAUGCAAUUGUAUCAUUUCACGAUCCUGCAAUAUGCAAAACGCACAAACAAUGCAAAUGAAGGAUACCACUAUUUUUGGGAUAAUAAGCCCAAACUUUAAUUGAGCCAAAGACCUAAUAUGUGUUCCCCACACAUGCAAGUGCCCGUGAUUGCACAGUGCCAUAAAGUAUUAAUUGUAUUCUCUAGAGAGUGAAAAGCCUAUUUGAGUGCUUGUCCCUCAAUGAAUUUUUGUAAUGCACUUUUUUGUAUUGCUGAUUACCUUGUGAAGUUUUGGCCUCAAGAAAAGCAAAGAAAAGCCUUUGAUUAGAAACAUUUCUCCAGGAUUUAUUAUACUCUGCUUGAUUUUUCCCUUCUUGUCCCACUGGUGUCCACGUCUGGAUGUUGUCUGUGCAGUCUGUUGCAGCGCUGAGCUGCUGAUGAAGAAGGUGAAAUAGUUUUGUGGGUGAAAGUGAUUCCAGUGCUUUGUAAACAUUCCAUGGAUGGUGACUAAAAGGUUUUGGAUUACAUUGGAAUAAUGCCUUAUACCUGGAAAUAAGUUUUAUUUGCAGGUGUCACUUGUACUUAUGGUAAACAAGUGUAUAUGAAUAUAGAAUGUGUCGCAGGAAUCAUCAAAAGGAAUUGGUCAUGUUGAUGGACAUGGAGCUGGGCCAGAUAGGGUUGUCUUUUGAAAAACAAUUUUGUUGUGAGUUGAAUAAGAACAGUGUAAUCUCUGUGCAGUGAAUUUGCCAGCAAUAAACACAGUGAAUAAUGUCUGUCUGAUUAAAGGCCAGCCAUCAUUUGUCUGCCAUUAUUUAAAUUAAACUUUUAUAUGUUUUCAGAAGGA